AUUAACGCAAUUAUCACGAGGGCGCUGCAAACAAGAGCCAGUCCAUUCUGCUUGCCCAUGCACGAGAUUUCUGUAAAGCAACUUCUCUUGUUCUCUGCUGCUAUUGCUUCUCCUUGCCGACGGAAUACUACUUGCUCGAUCGCGUCCGUUAACUUCUGACAGGUUUGGUACUUUAUAGAUGUGAUGUGCUGUAAUUUUAGAGAUCUAACUCCGAUUCCAAAUUGGAUCUGAAAAUGGGAUUCUCGCUUCUACUCAAACUUUAGAAUCAAAAUGUCUUCCGAUUCUGCUGUUCCUUUGGCCGGGAGUCCCAUCAUAGUGGGAUUUGGCGGCGCCGCCUUGGAUUUCUUGGCAGUGGUGGCGGCUUUUCCUAAGCCCGACGACAAGAUCAGGAGCACUAACCUGAAGGUUCAAGGCGGCGGAAACGCGGGAAACGCUUUAACUUGUGCUGCACGUUUGGGCUUAAAGCCAAGAAUAAUUUCUAAGGUUGCAAAUGACAUUCAGGGUAGGGCUGUUUUAGAAGAGCUAGAAGCUGAUGGAGUGGAUACAUUUUUUUUCGUGGUAUCCGAGGAGGGUUGUUCACCAUUUUCCUAUGUCAUCAUUGACAGCCAGGCGAAAACACGUACAUGCAUAUUCACAGCAGGAUAUCCUCCCAUGAUGCCGGAAGAUCUUUCCAGAGACAGUUUGUUAUCUGCACUGGAUGGAGCAAGAUUGGUUUAUUUUGAUGGAAGGAUGCAUGAAACUGCUCUGCUCAUUGCUCGAGAGGCAUUUUGCAAGAAUAUAUCUAUCUUAGUUGAUGCCGAAAGACCAAGGGAGGGGCUAGAUGAGCUCCUCACUAUGACGGAUUAUCUUGUCUGCGCGGAGAGAUUCCCACAGGCCUGGACGGAGGCGGCUUCCAUUCCAAGGGCAAUGGUUUCAAUUCUUUUGAAGCUUCCAAAACUCAAAUUUGUGAUUGCAACUUUGGGGGAAAAUGGCUCCAUGAUGCUUGAGCAAUGCAUGGAUGACGGUCCGCAGACAGAAGAAAUGGAUGUAGACAGAUCUUUCGAAUCCUUAGUGAGGCAAAAGGAUGACAGCAUAGCCAAGCCAACCUGCAUAGCAACGCAUGUGACAAAAUUUAGAGCAGAAGGAAUAGGAAGUGUUUGUGGGAGGUUGUAUGUGGGGACAGCUGAGAAAAUUCCUCCGUCUGAGCUCAUUGAUACAAACGGUGCUGGGGAUGCAUUCGUUGGAGCUGUUCUGUAUGCAAUCUGCAACAACUUAUCACCGGAGAAAAUGUUGCCAUUUGCUUCUUGUGUGGCAGCUGCAAAAUGUAAAGCUUUGGGAGCUCGAAGUGGUCUUCCCCGUCGUGAAGACCCGUGCCUGGCUUCCUUUUACAAUAGAGAUCCUAAUCAGUGAUGACAUCGUAACUGUAAGCGAGCAACAAGGUUUCAGCAUAAAACCAGAGUUAGGUGUAAUAAUGUCUCUCAUUCAGCGUGCGAAAAAACAAAUUUCUCCGGGCAUGAGAUAUAGUGGUGGCCCUUAAAUUGCAUUGUCCAUUUGAAAACUAGAUGCAAUUAAAGUUGUGCCUGCCAAUAUUGUUGAAAAGUGCCAACUUGAAGAAUCUUUUGGUAUGUUAGCACCAUUGAUAUACUUUUUUAUUAUUGAACUCCUCUAUUGUUUCUUUAAUAAAAGAAUAUUGCCAUUUGAUAUUAA